AUGUCAACCAUAUCCACCGACACCGAAUCGGACAUCUACGACCCCCACAACGACGGACACCGACCCACACGUAGGGAACUAGCAGAAAGCAUUUCCCGUUCACGUAGUCGACGCAGCCAACUACGAACAGGACCAGCAACAACCACUGGGCUAAACCAAUCCCUAAACUGCACAAUAUCCCGCCGAGACACCGUCCUCUCGCGAAUCCGGACUCGACCAAAUGUAGCUCCAUUUACACACCCGUUAGCACACCAACCCACAACCGCAGAUGUCCUCGUCGACUUUGACGGCGAAGACGAUCCCUACCGUCCUAUCAACUGGCCCACGAAAAAGAAAGUCCUGACAACACUCAUGUACGGUCUCACCACCAUGAGCGCAACCUGGGCUUCGUCCGCGUACUCCGCAGGCACCAGACAAAUAGCCGCAGAGUUCCACGUAGGCAACCAAGUAGCUGUGCUCGGUACUACGAUUUUCCUAUUUGGAUUCGGACUCGGUCCCUUGCUCUGGGCGCCGCUGUCCGAAGUGUAUGGACGACGGAUCGCAGUGUUGACACCAAUGUUUGUAGCCAUGUGUUUCAGCUUUGGUAGCGCGGCCGCAAAAGAUUUCCAAACGCUGAUGAUUACACGGUUUUUUGGGGCGUUUUUUGCGAGUGCGCCAGUGACGAAUACGGGGGGUGUGCUGGGGGACUUGUAUAGUCCGGCGUGGCGGGCCAUGGCAAUGGCCGGAUACGCAAUGGCGGUCGUCGGGGGCCCGUGUCUGGGCCCUAUUGUUUCUGCAGCGUUUGUGGCGGAUCCAUCGUUGGGGUGGCGGUGGACAGAGUAUUUUACGGGGAUUCUUCAGGCGGCGACGCUGGCUAUCGAUGUCGUGUUCAUCGAUGAAUGCUAUCCGCCCAAGUUGCUGGUGUAUAAGGCGCGGCGCCUCCGACAUGAGACGGGGAACUGGGCGUUGCAUACAAAGUUCGAGGAAUGGGAUGUUAGUAUCAAGGAGCUUUCGAAGAAGUUCUUGAUUCGCCCGAUACAGCUGCUCACUACGCCGAUUUGCUUCCUCGUCGCGCUGUAUGCGAGCUUCUGUUACGGAAUCUUGUACAUGCAACUAGGCGGUAUCCCGAUCAUCUUUGGCGAAAUAAGGGGCUGGCCUGCAGUCAGCGCUACACUGCCUUUCCUGGGCAUCUUGGUCGGCGCAAUCAUCGGAUGCAGCAUCAACGCUUACAACCAGAUUCUCUACAACAAAGUAUACCACGCGGCAGGUGACAGAGCCGUGCCUGAGGCCCGCUUGCCACCCAUGAUGCUCGGCUCCGUUUUGUUUUCCGCAGGCCAAUUUAUCAUGGGAUGGACUGCGGACCCAAAGUUCCACUGGAUCGCACCGGUCAUUGGCCUCGUGCUAAUGGGUACAGGUUUCUUUACCAUCUUCCAGGCUGCGCUCAACUACCUCGUUGACACGUUCACACUGUACGCAGCGAGUGCAGUGGCGGCAAACACGUUUCUGCGCAGUGUGUUCGCUGGCGCGUUCCCGCUAGUUGUUACGCCGUUGUAUCACAAUCUUGGUGUUGGGCCGGCUAGUUCCAUCACGGGUGGAUUUGCAGCCCUUCUUAUUCCUGUGCCGUUUGUGUUUUAUGUAUUCGGUAAGAGGGUGAGGAGAGCGAGUAAGUGGAGCCGCGGGAGCGUGUUUGACUGA